AUUAUUCGGCAUAUCAGGAUGCAAAGCCAAUGUAUGUAUGUGCUAAGUAAGGUGCCACCGCUACGUCCUUGCAGCGUCAACGACUCAACGAGUGGAGCAUCAUUGGAGUCCAUCGGACGGUCAGAAUGGUCCUGAUAGGAUGCUGAAGCUCCAAGCGAACGGCAAUAUACCCGUUUAUACUAUUCAGACAUCAUGAGCGGGACAUAUAUACGUACCCAAGCUCCGCCUACCAUCGUAGCCCGUCGGGUCUCCGAUCAGCGCGGCCGGUCAAGAUGAAGUUCGCCAUUGCUGCAUCACUACUGCUCCUGGGCUCAGCACAUAGUUUGUCCGUACGCCACCAUGACUCUAUCCCAACAGCACGCAUCAAAAAUGGUACUCUGGUGGGAAUACAUUCUAUCGAGUACAACCAGGAUUUCUUUCUCGGUGUUCCAUAUGCCCAGCCGCCCAUCGGCAAUCUCAGAUUCGAUAACCCAAGGAGUCUGAAUGAGACCUGGGACGGUGCGAAGAGCGUGGACGAAUAUGCGAAAAGCUGUGUCGGGUAUGGCAGUGAUCAAUGGGGCUACGAAGUGAGCGAGGAUUGUUUGUACCUAAACAUUGUUAGGCCAAGUGGGUAUGAAGGACGGGCACUACCGGUUGCAUUCUGGAUCCACGGAGGUGGCUUCUAUCAAGGCGGCGCUGGCGACAGACGCUAUAAUCUCUCCUUUAUCGUCGAGAAUUCUGUCAAGAUCGGACAGCCUAUCAUGGCCGUUUCAACAAAUUACCGGCUUAGUGGCUGGGGCUUUCUGAAUUCGAAUGAGCUCAUGGGUCGUGGUCUGUUGAACAUAGGGCUCAAGGAUCAGAGGCUGGCAAUGCACUGGGUACAGGAGAACAUUGCAUCUUUUGGAGGUGAUCCGGCAAAGGUUACGAUCUGGGGCGAGAGUGCAGGCGCAGCGAGUGUUGGGUUUCAUUUGACUGCAUUUGGCGGCCGUGAUGAUGAGUUAUUCCGCGCUGCCAUCAUGCAAUCCGGUAAUCCGAUAUCCUACAGAUCUAUAAGUAGUACCGACUUCUACCAGCCACAGUUUGAUUUAGUCUCUGCCGCCGCUGGUUGUAGUGAUUCCCUCGACCAGCUCGAGUGUCUCCGUGCCGUCCCUUUCGAGCAGAUGAAUACCGUGUUGAACAAUUCGGCACUAGAUUGGGAUCCUGCUGUCGAUGGAGACUUCAUACGGCGAUACGGCAGUAUCCAGCUCGAGCAAGGCGAAUUCGUCAAAGUCCCCAUCAUCUCCGGUGCAAACUCCGACGAAGGUGCAAGUUUCGCACCUCAGGGCAUCAACACGACAGAAGACCUGAGGGCAAGCCUGAGCGCAUACCCUCCUUCCCUCGUCGACGCCCUCCUUACUGCAUACCCCGAUGACCUUUCAACGAACGUCAUUGCCAACCUCGGGCCUACCACCCGUCCCCCUGCCUACCCCUACGGCCUGCAAUUCCGCCGCGCUGCCUCACUCUACGGCGACUUGGUCUUCAUCGCCGCCCGCCGUCGCACAUGCAGUACAUGGGCCGCACACGGCCUUACCGCAUACUGCUACCGUUUCAACGCCAUCCCAGGUGGCAUCCCCGCAGAAGAGGGAGUGCCGCAUUUCAGCGAGGUCGCGUUUGUGUUCAACAAUAUCGCCGGCCUGGGCUAUGCAGAGAACGGUACGGGUAGUAGCAAACCUUUUGAGGGGCGGAGCGAGGCGUAUACUGCUUUGAGUGGGGUCAUGAGCAGGUCGUGGGCGAGCUUCGUGGCUACGGGGAGUGUGAAUGGAUGGGCUGGUAGGGAGGGACUGGAGGAGUGGCCGGCGUAUGAGGUGGAUGAUGCUAGGGAUUUCGUGUGGGACGCGAAUGUGACGAGUUACAGUGAGAGUGACACGUAUAGGCAGGAGGGCAUGGCGCUUAUCAGUGGUAGUGCCGCAGGGGUGUUUAAGACAUGAGGAAUGUAUGAUGAGUUUAUGAAUGAACGAGGUUCUGAUUAUGAUUUGUGCGUGUGAGAAUACUCAUGAUCGCACGCACCCCUGAUCAGGAAUCUCCUUCCUCCGCAG